CGCUCCGACCAGCCACACACGUAUCGCGCGAUAACAUCUGAUAACAGUGCCACGUGCGCAGUGAAGUGAUUACGAUAGACUUUGCUGAUCUCAGCCAAUAGUAUAGUGCUUCUGAAUGUUGUUUUGAUCCACGUCAGACCGGAUAUCAUCGUUUCAAGUGCGUGUGCAAACGGCAUGGUGUGUCGCUGAGCUGAGUGUGAGCGAGUAGCGUAUAGCGGCGAGCGGAUAGCGGCGAGUAUGUUCGGCGGCGGCGGCGGCGCGGGCGGCGGGUACGGCGGCGACUGCGGCGACGGGUACGGGCUCGGGUACCGCCAGUACCCGCACUACCAGCCCGUGUGGACGCAUGCGCACCAUGACCAGUACGCAGGUGGCGGCAGCGUGGGCUCUGUCGGCUCAGUAGGGUCGGUUAGCGGAGUGGGCGGCGUGGGCGCCGUCGGCGGCGGGCUGUACGGCCAGAACGUGGUCAUGGGCUCGUGGUGCGCGCCCUACGAUGCGCUACAGCGCCCGCCCGCGUACGAUGGCGUGCUGGAGGCGUACGAGGAGGGCCGCGAGUGUGUCAACUGUGGCGCCAACAACACGCCGCUGUGGCGGCGCGACGCCACCGGCCACUACCUCUGCAACGCGUGCGGCCUCUACCACAAGAUCAACGGCGUCAACCGGCCGCUCGUCAAGCCCAGCAAGCGCCUGUCGGCGGCGCGGCGACACGGCCAGUGCUGCACCAACUGCGGGUCGCGCAACACGACGCUGUGGCGCCGCAACAACGACGGCGAGCCCGUCUGCAACGCGUGCGGCCUCUACUACAAGCUGCACGGCAUCAACAGACCACUAGCGAUGCGCAAAGAAGGUAUUCAAACGCGCAAGCGUAAACCGAAGAAGUCAGCCGGCGGCAACAAGCCCCCUUCCGCCGACCCCACCAAGAAGGAGGGCCACAGCUCGCCCGGCACCGACGAGAGCAAGCCGAGCCUAUCAGACGUGUCGCUGCCGCUGAGCUCGGGCAUGUCCCACGGCACCAAGCUCCGCGAGCCGCAGCCGCCGCCGGCCAGCCCGCACCCGCAGCCGCACGCCGCGCACCCCGCGCACGCGCACGCGCAGCACGCGCAGUACCCGCUGGCGCUGCCCAACGCGCCCUUCCUGUCCAACCCCGCGCUCUUCAACAUCAAGAGCGAGCCCAACGCCGCCGCCGGCUACGAGUACCCGGCGCACUCCUCCACGCAGCACUACCACCACUCACACCAACACUACCUGCACGCGUUACAACAGUACGGGCUGGGCGGCGGCGAGGAGGAGGAGGGCAGCGGGUUCCUACACCAGCGCAACGUGACGGCGCACGCCAAGCUCAUGGCAUCCACGUAGCGCACGCCAGGACCAUCUCGAUACUGUCUCCACUAGGAAGUGUACCUGACAUGGGCUUCUAAGUAUUCGAUCAGUAUGAUCUUCAAUACGGUUGUAUAUUUACUACAUCUAUAUCCAAUUUUACGUUGCCUUGCGUGUUUAUGUAGAUACAGUCUCUGUACAGCAGUGUACUUGUUGACAAUUUAGUACAGAAUCUUAUGUUACAAAUCACUUUUUAUGUAGUUUUAGAUGGAAGGAGUCCUAAAUGUAUAUCUACCACUGCCACAAAUAUAUGUAAAUGAAUAGUGGGUUAGUUCCGCUAAAUAACUAAACUUGCCAAUGUAUUGUCGUAUAAUAAAGAGUAGGUAUUAAUAUUUGGGCCCUAAUGUUAUCUUUAUUCAAUACGCCUUGAAGCGCUAGUCACCGACUAGUCUGUCGAAAGCUUCUCAUGAAUAACAAUAUAUAAGCUUAAACUUCUAUCUCAUUGUGCUGUUAAUUAUGUAUAUAGAUUUAUAUAAAUAACCUAGUAUGUAGUGUAUAUAUUGUUCUAGCUAAGUAAGUGUAAGCAGUAUUCAUAUUGUUAUUGUAUGUUAGUUAGUAUUCACUAUCGUGCGUACAGUGCGUACUAUAAGGGCAGAUCAGUGGCGUAUUUGCUAGGGUAGCCAGAUGUAGACGAUAACAACAAAUGACGAAGUACCUAAAUCUUACAUAGUGAACUAAGGCUCGCACAUUAUGACGCGCCGCGCUGCACCGCGUCGUAUCAGUGUAUUGUAUACUCUUUGUAAUAUUUAACAAUAACCUUCCUAAAUUAAAGUAUCAAAGAAAGGCCGGCUGGCUAACACUGUAAUCAUUUACCUUGACACACUGUAAAAAGAAAGAAAAGCAAAAUCUGUUGUCAAUUGACGCAUUUAUUUGUACACUCAAAAAAGAAACACUUACUUAGGUACUUAAACAGUGCAAAAGCAAAUAAGUAGUUUUGAAAGUUUAAAUUUUAAUAAUUUUUGACUUUGUAAAUACUGAAUACUUAAUAAUAAAUUACAAUUGUUUCAACGGAUAAAAUCAGUUAUCAGCAAGUAGUUGUUAAAUAAACAAAAUGGCAUUUAUUAAUGAAGUGUAAAUAGUAUAGGUAUAGCUAUAGGUAGUUUAAAUUAGAACAAAAUAUCUUUAUCAUUAGAAUUAGUUAUCAACAAUUUAUUUCCAACAAACCCUGCACAAUAUAUAUCACAGUACUGAUGAUUGUAUAAUGUCCAAAAAGACUAGAAUAAAUAAUGGAAUCAUGUACAAAAUGUGGGAAAUGCUGUGUUUACUAUGAAAUACAUAUUUGACUGAGCACU